AUGUCUAUGCUUAGAACUAUUAUUGCACGUUCAUCUGCUCUGAAGCCAAGAUUGUCAACUUCACAAUCAUUCUCUGCCUUUGUCAUCAGAGGUGACAAGAUCAAGGACAGAGAGGAUGCCCUCGAGACUGAAUACGUCAAGAUGAAGGAGAAGGAUGACCUUAGAAGAAUGAAGGAGGUGAUGAACGCCAAGGAGAAGGAGGAAUCCGAGAAGAAGAACAAGGAGAAGGUCAAGGUGUCCCAGGAGCAGAGAGAGAACGAGAUCAAGACCCUCGAGAGACAGAUCGAAGAGCUCAACGAUAAGCUCGAGGCUCUCCAGAAGAAGAAGAAGAAC